UUUUCACUCGUCGAGCUCUCUAAAAUGGCAAUCGCUCAUCUGCACAGACUCUCUUCGCAAAUCUCCCGAAACCCACUCCUCUCUCACUCCUUUCGCGCCACCGUUACUCGUUCCUCCGCGACCGUCUCAUCAUCGCCGACUCCCUCGGCAAAGGUCGCCGAUCGGAUCGUGAAGCUCUUCGCCAUAGACCCCGAUGGCCUGAAGCGUGACGUCGUCGGACUCUCCGGCCACACUCUUCUCAAGGCUCUAACAAACCACGGCCUGAUCGACCCGGCUUCCCACCGGCUGGAGGAGAUCGACUCUUGCUCCGCCGAGUGCGAGGUCCACAUUGCUCAGGAGUGGCUCGAGAAGCUCCCCCCGCCUACCUACGAUGAGCAGUAUGUGCUGAGGAGGAACUCUAGGGCUAGGGUUCUGAACAAGCACUCCAGGCUCGGAUGCCAGGUUGUCCUCACUCCAGAGCUGCAAGGGAUGGUCGUGGCGGUUCCUGAGCCUAAGCCUUGGGAUAUUCCGUAGAGGAAUAGUAAGGUUACUGAACUGGAUCUCCAGUGCUUUUACAGUUUUAAUUGAAUAAUAAUAUUUUCAACUGCUUAUAGUACUUGAAAUGUUCUCAGUUCACUCUGACAAUUGUAAAAUUCUAUGGAAUACCACUAUUUCUGUUCUAUGAAAUCAAUUUCCUUCA